UGCAAAGACCCUGGGGCAGGAGUGAACUUGGUGGGUUAGACAAAGCACGUGCAAAGGCCCUGGGGCAGGAGUGAGCUUGAUGAGUUGGAAGCCCAUCAAGCAGCCCCUGCAGUGAGUUGAGCUGGUUGGGGGAAUGGAGUGUAUCAACAGGGCCAGAGUGUAGAGGGCAGGAGUGGGUCUAAAUAUGAGGGGCUAGGGGGAGGCAGAGCCCCUUCUGUGUGCCAGACCCUGCCCACAGGCUCCACAUGCGGCCUACUCCACCACAACGUAAGGAGGGCACCUGUCCCACCGAGAGGUGGGAGAAGACACAGGCAUCCGGGGCUGCGAGCAUGGGAGCUGGGCCUCUGGCCAGUCUGCUGGGUUCCAGACCCUGUUUUCUUCUCAGACCUCAGCGUCUCUUCUUUACCAAGAAGGUGAAAGGAUUGGGGGAUCAGACAGACACAGGUUAGAGAGCACAGGACUCCCAGGGCCGGGACCUCUGCAGUCAGGGCAUGUCGGUCUGAAGCCCCCUUGGAGGGCUCUCUGGUUUGGAAAGUUCGUUUCUAUUCCCCUGUCUGACUUUGGGGCCGGAAAAGGCUGCGCCGGCUUCAGCUGAGGGUCAUCGUGCUUCCUUCCUCCUCUACUCUCACUCUCCCAAAAGACUGCCCAGCCAGUUCCCAGUGUCACAGUGAAUGAGGCAGAGCUGGCAGAGGGUGCUUUAACUGGAUCUGAGGUGGGGGCACUUGGGAGGUGCCUCCAGGAGGUGAUGACUGGACUGGGUUUUGAAGGAUGCAUAGGAGUUUGCCAGCCAGACAAGAAAGAUAGGAUGUGGUCCAGCCUGAACGAGUGGCUGUGGCAGGACAGGUUCUGGCUGCCAGCCAACAACUCAUGGGCUGACCUAGAGGACCGAGAUGGCUUGGUCUACCCCCACCCCCGGGACAUGCUGAUGGCCCUGCCCCUGGCGCUGGUGCUGCUGGCCGUGCGCUUUACCUUUGAGAGAUUCGUCGGCCUGCCCCUGAGCCGGUGGCUGGGGCUGCGCAGUCAGACCAGGAGGCUGGUGAAGCCCAUUGCCGCUCUGGAGAAGCACUUCCUGAUGGAAGGGCAGAGGCCCACAGAGCCCCAGAUGACCCUCCUGGCCACCCAGUGCGGCCUCACGCUGCGGCAGACCCAACACUGGUUCCGGAGACGCCGGAACCAGGACCGGCCCUGCCUGAGCAAGAAGUUCUGUGAGGCCAGUUGGAGGUUCGUCUUCUACCUGUGCUCCUUCAUCGGUGGACUCUUGGUCCUGUACCACGAGUCAUGGCUGUGGACGCCGGUGAUGUGCUGGGACAAUUACCCAAAGCAGACCCUGAAGCUGGCCCUGUACCACUGGUACCUCAUGGAGCUGAGUUUCUACAUCUCCCUGCUGAUCACGCUGCCCUUCGACAUCAAGCGCAAGGAUUUCAAGGAGCAGGUGGUGCAUCACUUCAUAACCAUCACCCUGAUCGUCUUCUCCUACAGCGCGAACCUGCUGCGCAUUGGCUCUCUGGUGCUGCUGCUGCACGACUCCUCCGACUUCCUGCUGGAGGCCUGUAAGUUGUUCAACUACACGCACUGGCGGCGCACUUGCGACACUCUCUUCAUCAUCUUCUCCUUGGUCUUCUUCUACACUCGCCUUGUGCUCUUCCCCACAGAGAUCAUCUACACCACGUACUACGAAUCCAUCGCCAACCUGGAACCCUUCUUCAGCUACUACUUCUUCAACACGCUUCUGAUGCUGCUGCAGCUGCUGCACGUGUUCUGGUCUUGCCUCAUCCUUCGCAUGAUCUACAGCUUUAUGAAGAAAGGCCAGAUGGAGAAGGAUGUUCGCAGUGACGUGGAGGAGUCGGAUUCGAGCGAUGGGGAGGCGGCCCCAGAGGUUCCGCGGCUGAAGAAUGGGGCAGCUCACCAGCCUGGAGCAGCCCCCACCGAUGGCCCUCGGAUCCGGGCAGCCGGGCGGGUGGCCAAUGGGCACACACGAGCCACGUAGAUGGCCAAGGACUGGCCGCGAGGGGAUGCCCCAGCACCCGGCAGCUUGGAUUUGUGAGGUGGCUGGACCAGCGGCCCUGGGGCCAGCUGUGUGGAGACAGGGAGGGCCCUGCCCCCAGGUGGCGGGGAGGGCUGAUGAUCUGUCUCCAGCCCCUUCCUCUGCCCACCCUCCCUCCUUCCCUCAGGUAACUGGACAGCCGGGGGUGGGCAGUCACAGGCUCCUGAGGUCCCCCAGAGCCACCUCUGGGGCCUGGGGAUUGUGAAGAGCUCCGGGCAGAAAGGGGUCCAAUAAAACUUGAACGGAGCCAC